CCACCCAUCACGGACCCGACGUCGCAGACGGUGUGGACGGUCGGGGAGAAGGAGACUGUGACCUGGGAUACGUCAGUCCUGGAGGGCGUGACCCCAUCUAACCCGAAUGGGACGCUCCUCCUGGGCACCUUCGUCGAUGACCAAGAACAUCUGAUGACUGAGUCGCCGCUCGCCAAGGACUUCUCCCUGUUCGACGGGAAUGUCACGUUGACCGUGCCCUCGGUGGACCCUGGAAAGGAUUACAUCGUCUGCCUGGUCGGAAACUCAGGGAACAUCAGCCCCGUGUUUACGAUU